AUGCCCCCAGCCUCCGCAGACUUGGCCACGACGUGGGCCUUUCUCGAAGAAGGAGUCGACCAUAUCAUGACGAAGUUACAGACAGGUGUUUCUUACUCCAAGUAUAUGUCAUUGUAUACUGUAGCAUACAACUACUGCACGUCCUCCAAGAUGCAUGGGACAUCAGACUCAAUCGGGAUAGGGAGCCGGACAGGAGCGAACCUGAUGGGAUCUGAUCUGUAUAAUAAUCUAAUCCGAUACUUCGUGGCGCACCUGAAAGGCUUGCGGGAUAAAACAGACGCGUUACAGGACGAAGCCUUGCUACGAUAUUAUGCUGAGGAGUGGGAUCGGUAUACGACAGGCGCGAACUAUAUCAAUCGGCUUUUCACGUACUUGAAUCGUCAUUGGGUAAAGCGGGAGAGGGACGAGGGACGAAAGGGAGUGUAUCCAGUGUACACUCUUGCUUUGGUUCAAUGGAAAAACAAUCUAUUCAUUCCCGUACAACAAAAACAGACAAAACUAGCAAACGCCAUCCUCAGACUGAUUGAAGCGCAACGAAACGGGGACACCAUUGACCAAGGCUUGGUGAAGAAGGUUGUCGACUCCUUUGUCUCGCUUGGUCUAGACGACACAGACACGAACAAGGCAUGUCUGGAUGUCUACAAAGAACAUUUCGAAUUGCCCUUCAUCGACGCGACUGAGAAAUACUACAAACAAGAAUCUGAAUCCUUUUUAGCAGCCAGUAGUGUUUCGGACUACCUAAAAAAGGCGGAAGAUCGCCUGCGGGAAGAGGAGGAUCGAGUUGAGCGAUAUCUCAACACUCAAACAAGAAAGCCCUUGAUCGGCAAAUGUGAACAUGUUCUUAUCCACGAACGGUCUAAAUUGAUGUGGGAUAGCUUCCAAUCGUUGCUGGACUUUGACAGGGAUGAAGAUUUGCAGAGAAUGUACUCUUUGUUGUCGCGGAUCCCGGAAGGUCUGGAACCGUUGCGCAAAAACUUCGAGGAGCACGUCAAAAAGGCUGGAUUGGCGGCUGUAUCAAAACUCGUCGGGGAAUCCGGUGCGAACGUUGAUGCUUUGGACCCCAAGGCAUACGUCGAUGCGCUGCUUGACGUUCACAGGAAGAAUUCUGAUACCGUCACCAGGAGCUUUAGAGGAGAGGCUGGAUUCGUGGCAAGCUUGGACAAAGCGUGUCGAGAGUUCGUGAACAGGAACGCUGCGACUGGACCCUCAAACUCGAAAUCUCCUGAGCUGAUCGCCAAGCAUGCUGAUCUUCUCCUACGGAAAAACAACAAACUGGCGGAAGAAGGCGAUCUGGAAGGUGCUUUGAACCGCGUGAUGAUUUUGUUCAAAUAUAUCGAAGACAAGGACGUCUUUCAGACAUUCUACACCACGAAACUGUCCAAGCGCCUCAUACAUGGCGUCUCCGCGUCGGAUGAGAGCGAGGCCAGUAUGAUUUCAAAGCUCAAGGAGGCUUGCGGCUUUGAGUACACCAACAAGCUCCAGCGUAUGUUUACAGACAUGAGUCUUAGCAAAGAUUUGACGGAUCAGUUCAAGAGUCGGAUGGAGCAAACUCACGACGAUAUGGACAUUAGCUUCACCAUCAUGGUGCUGGGCACCAACUUUUGGCCGUUGCAUCCGCCUCCGCACGAGUUCUUGAUCCCGGCGGAGAUCCUCCCCACUUACGAUCGUUUCCAGAAGUACUACCAGAUGAAGCACUCUGGUCGAAAGCUAACAUGGCUCUGGAAUUACUCAAAAAACGAACUGCGGACAAAUUAUCUGAAUCAGAAGUAUAUUCUGAUGACGAGCACGUUUCAGAUGGCUGUUCUGCUGCAGUAUAAUAAAAACGACACACUAUCACUUUCUGAACUGUCGGCCGCUACCUCGAUACCCAAGGACUAUCUUGGUCAGGUGUUGGCGAUAUUGGUGAAGGCGAAGAUCCUCAUCAAUGAGGAAACCGACCAGUACGAUUUAAACCCUGGUGGGUCCAUUCAGCUUGCCAUAUGUUUCAAGUCGAAGAAGAUAAGGGUGAAUCUCAAUUUGCCAAUAAAAGCUGAAACGAAAACGGAGUCGACGGACGUUCUCAAGACCGUUGACGAAGACAGAAAAUACGUGAUACAGGCGACCAUCGUUCGAAUCAUGAAGGCCCGAAAAACGAUGAAGAACCAGCCCUUGAUUCAAGAAGUCAUUUCGCAGAUUUCACAAAGAUUCGCACCGAAGAUUCCAGAUAUUAAGAAGGCUAUCGACACUCUCCUCGAGAAGGAGUACAUUGAACGAGUGGAAGGAACAAGAGACACGUUUGCAUACAUGGCAUAG